AUGGGUCAUAUGGCUCGAGAGUGUCCUUGCUACUUGGGCCGGCUUUUCCUGGGCUCGUCGCGGUGUGACGACCACUUUUCCUACACCCGGAUUUUUCAAGGUGGAUCUCGAUGUCACCAAGAGGGCCGUAGUUUUGGAGGUAGAUCUACAAGAGGCCGAUCUGGGGACAAAGUUCAAGGUCAAGCUUCAGGCUCUCAGCAGUCAGGCCGGAGGCAAGCGAGAGUGUUCACCCUCACACUCCUCAGGAUGCACGAGCUUCAAAUGUUAUGUCAGAUAAUCCAGCCUUCCCGCCAGCUCCACCCGAGGUGUAGGAGCGGACUACAGAACGCGUUAAAACUAUUAUGAUUAUUAUCAUAUAUGUUGAUUAUGAUAUCGGGAUGAGGCCUUAGUAAAACAUGCCACCUGAUAGGUUAGAUUAGGACCACGUGCGCAUCGGUAAUGAUUAAAGACAGGUAACAAGGUUAUUAUGGAUUUUUGCCCUGGUCGAGUAUAACUCUCUGGGCUGUGAAAGUUGACUGCCGGAGAAAGGUACCUGGUCGAGCAACGCUCUCUAGGCGCUGGUUUAGUUGGGAAUCAAGUGUUUAGGCUGGAUGUAAGGACCCUGGUCGAGCUUUAUUCUCUCAGCGCCAGACCUGUUGGAAUUAAGAGAGCCUAAAGGCUGCUAGUAAUUUGGGUUAGGGUUUUAGUGAACCACUCGUCCCACAAAUAUUAAAAUGUAUUUUUUUUUUAAGAUUAUGGUAUGAUUAUAAUAUGACUCGUAUUUGACGUACAUGGUAUGUUAUACUGAUUGUAAUAAUUAUUAUUUUCUGAGAAGACUGCAAUAGUCACAAGAUUAUUUGAUUUUAGCUCACUCCCGAGACUGACAGUCUCAAUUUUAUUUUUUAGGUGACAGUUAGUUCUUCGUCGUCCUGCAUUUUGACAGUCCGACUUCUUCUCCUUCGGACUUUUUGUAAAUAACCUGUACUCCCAUACUUUUGUUAUUAUUUACUCUAGACUAUCCGCAGUAGAGAACUUUUAAAUUGUCAUGAUUAGUCUAGUCCAUGUUGAACGUGGGAUGUUAUAAAGACUUGAUAGAAUUAUUUAUGGCAUGUCAAUCAUGAUUAUUUAUAUUUUAUUAACUGUUUAUUUGAAUUA